AUGGGAUUCGUGCAGGAUUGUAAGAGCACUGGCAGUUUUUGUACCCUCUACGGUGCGUGGUUCCGUAAAAGACCUGCCUUGUACCGUUUCAUCGGUCACUGUCUUGUACGUGAUCGUAAAAUAUUAACUGAGGGGCUAGAACGUGGAGCCUUCCGCUGUCAGUUCGAUUUGCCAAUUCUCGAGCCCACCCGACCGGAACAAGUAGAUCUAAUACGGAAGGCAAACUGCGGUAAGUUCGUCAGUUCGCAGGUUAUUUACUUGUUUUCGGAAUCUCUCAACGAUGACGUCUUACUUGUGGUGGAGUUACUAACAGUUGAAGGCGACUUGGAGCAUACCCUCGGAUGGAGCUUCUGUCGGCUCCUUAAGUUGGUGGAUGCUGGAUCAACAGAAGAAGAAGAUUCGGAUAGCGGUUAUGCAGAAAUGAGUAUAUUGAGAGGCAGUCCACGCAGUCUUUUCCUGAUGGAAUCAUUUGAGAACGUUGGUGGUCUUCCCUCAAUCGGCCCCGAUGCAAAGCUUUUGGUGAAGAUAAAACAAUGCCCCCAGCACCAGCAUUGUUCUAUGUAUCUGCCAGAAAAUACUCUACUCACUGCAGCGCACUGCUUGCCUGGCAUUACUCCGAAGACAGGACUUACAGCUGGGCAGUGUGAUCCGGAAAUUGAGACCGAAGUUGACCGGAUAAAGAUUAGCAUUCAGGGGACCAAGCUGUCUGCGCUUGAAAAGGAACUGUCCAGAAGUAUACAGCUGCGAAGCACCCAGGCAAAAACGGAGGUGACUGUUGUUGACUGGUUCCUGAAGGUAUUCGUUCACAAUGGAUGGAGGACGGUUGAACCAGUACAGAGCGUUCUGCUAGAAGUUGACAGGGAAAGCGCAAGUGGAAAAACCUCGAGGGGUGCAAGGACUGCCCAGCUGGCGGCCGCCACCAUUCUCUCCGCUUCAAACAAAGUUCUACUGGAAUUGCCGAGGAGUGAGAACGUGGCUGUAGUUUUCAUUCUUCAGUGCGUUCUGGCUGAAGUGAAUGAAAAUGGUUCCACGGCAGUAAGUUUUCUCAGAGGGGCAUAG